UGAGGAACGAAGUUGGGCUUUUAGCAGUAAAAAUAAUGUAUCCGCAUCCGAAUUCAUGCGCGCAGCCGUAUGAAUCCGAAUCCGAAAACAAGUUCCUUCUGUCUCCUCCCCAGCUCUGAGCCCUGUGUCUUUAUUCUUUUUCAUUACCAUCCUUAAAGUAACGCCACCAACAAUAAAUAUUCCCAACUUCUCUUGCUUGUGGUUGACAUUCUCCUUUCAGUCGAUCGCAGCCAUGGACUUGCCAAAACCACAAUCAAAUGCCCGCUUCACCCUUGGUAAGCAGUCCUCACUGAAGCCGGAGGGUGAGGGCUUGUCACCGGAGGAGGAAGAGGCUAUAAUAGACCCCAGAAUUCGGUUAAUGUAUCUUGCGAAUGAGGGAGAAAUGGAAGGGAUUAAGGAGAUCCUGGACUCGGGGACCAAUGUUAAUUUUAGAGAUAUCGACGGACGCACCGCUUUGCACGUUGCUGCUUGCCAGGGCUUCAGCGAUGUUGUUCAGUUAUUGCUCGAUAGAGGAGCCGAGGUUGACACUAAGGAUCGCUGGGGCAGCACUCCUCUUGCAGAUGCUAUAUAUUACAAAAAUCAUGAUGUGAUCAAGCUUUUAGAGGAACAUGGCGCAAAACCCCCGAUAGCUCCCAUGCAUGUCCAAAAUGCUCGUGAAAUUCCAGAAUAUGAGAUUGAUCCUAGAGAGCUUGAUUUUUCUAAUAGUGUUGAUAUAACCAAGGGAACUUUUCGCAUUGCAUCAUGGCGUGGAAUUCAAGUUGCAGUUAAAACACUGGGGGAGGAAGUAUUUACUGAUGAGAAUAAAGUCAAGGCUUUUGGGGAUGAGCUUGCAUUGCUUCAGAAGAUUCGUCACCCGAAUGUUGUUCAAUUCCUGGGUGCUGUAACUCAAAGUAGUCCAAUGAUGAUUGUGACGGAAUAUUUACCUAAGGGGGAUCUUUUUGCAUAUUUGAAGGAAAAAGGUGCUUUAAAGCCAAGAGUAGCUGUGAAGUUUGCACUUGAUAUUGCUAGGGGAAUGAACUACUUGCAUGAGCAUAAACCUGAAGCAAUAAUUCACCGAGAUCUUGAGCCUUCAAAUAUACUGCGGGAUGAUUCUGGGCAUCUGAAAGUUGCAGACUUUGGAGUCAGCAAGCUUCUCAAAGUUGAAAAAACAGUUAAGGAAGACAGACCAUGUCAAGACACUUCCUGGCGAUAUGUGGCUCCAGAGGUCUACAGAAAUGAAGAAUAUGACACUAAAGUUGAUGUGUUUUCUUUUGCUUUGAUAUUACAAGAGAUGAUUGAAGGCUGUCCACCAUUUUCAACAAGGCUGGAUAAUGAAGUUCCUAAAGCAUAUGCUGCAAAUGAGCGACCACCAUUUAGAGCUCCUGCGAAACGUUAUUUGCAUGGAUUAAAGGAGCUAAUAGAGGAAUGUUGGAGUGAGGAGCCAUUUAGAAGACCAACAUUCAGGGAUAUAAUAAGGACGCUGGAUGACAUAAACAACCGCAUUGCUCAUAAGAGUAGAUGGAAUAGCCCACUUAAAUGUCUCCGGACCUUUGAAGCCAUGCUGAAGAGGGAUCGACUCACUCCAAGAAGCCAUUCAUCUCGAUCUAUAAGCAGAUGACUUGAGUAUUGCUUCAAUGUACAGCGAAUUUACUUUCCUCAGUCCCAGGAGUUGUCUUUUUCGUCUGGUUUUCUGGUACUGGUAUGUUGAGUUUCUCCUUAUGCGCUAAUACGCAUAUGUUCAGACAUGUCAAUUGAUGAAAGGCUUCAGAACAAUAGGUAAAGAAGCUUGUGAACCUCUAUGUGUUUUCUUAGUAUGAUCUAUAAGAUUGACGUGUGAUCUGAGAAUUGUUAUUUAA